GUGAAAAGGUGAGUGCCUGUUAUCUCGAACGCUCCUCCAGUUGGCAUUCCUUCGUGUGUGACAUCGGUCGACAUCUCCGCUCAACGCCGACGCUUUCCCGUUGAGUCAGCGCCGUGCAAUUUCGAAUUGUUGUGGGCUGCGACGGUCCUCGCACGCCACGCCAUUUGGAGACCGAUCAAGCUGGAUCCUUCUCUUCGGCUUACCGACAUGCAUCCACGUGUAGUUCAGUGACAUAUUUCAUAACGGUUCGCGAACUACAAACAAGACAGGUGUACUUCGGCACCGAGGCAGCCGGCCGUUAUCGGUGAACUUCGCGUGCUGUGAUAACGAAAACGUCCGUUGGACGUGGUCUCCUACGCUUGCGGACAAGACCGAGCCCGCCAAAGAGACGGCCGGUCGACGUCGGGGAUAAGAUGGCGGACGUCCGAUGGAUCGUCCUCGCUUCUCUUCUACGGCUACUCAUCUGGACUACUCCGUGUUGUGGUCAAGAUGCACCGAGUAACCCGGCCUAUGCAGUGGACCCAAACCUGUACGCCAUCGAGGACCACCUGGUGUUUCCGGAGCGUCCGUCGGACUACUACAGCUUCCGGAAGUCCCUGAUGUACCCGUACGACAGGUUGGACCUCACCAAUAUCGACUCGAGUAAGCAGGAGCACGAGGUCUCGCUACAGGCCAGGCUGCCCUUCUUCGGCUUCUACUACAAGUACAUCAAGGUUCACCUGAACGGGUACCUGCACUUUGGCGGCGCCCCUUCGGGAUACAGCUUCCCCAUCCGAUUCCCGCUGAGGCCCGAGGACACGAUCAGGGAAAAGGACCCGGCCCUCAUCGCUCCGUGGCUCAGUUUCCAGAGCAUGGUUUCGGACAUUCCGGAGUCUGGCGUCUACUUCCGGUUGUUUCGUAUCGGCGAACCGAGCUACAGGGACCCUGAUGGAUGGCUGGAGAAGCGGGCCAUCGAAGACUUCCGGGAAGGCAUGAUCGGAGCCGCAGACUUCAAGCCCAUCUUCGUGGUGAUCGCCACCUGGAGGAACGUCACUCUGACGGGGAUGCAGAACAGAAACAACAUCAAGACGAACACAUACCAAGUGGUCCUGGCGAGUAAUGAGCGGAGGACGUACGUGAUGUUCAACUACGAGAAGAUCGACUGGAUCGCGGUGAACGACGUGAACAACGGCGAGAACGGCGAGAACCCCUUCGUGGGCUUCAACGCGGGCAACACGACCAGGUACUACGAGUUCCUGCCGUACUCCCAGGAACCCCGCGUCAAGAACCUUCCGCAGCAUGGCGAAGGGAACGGAAUCAAGGGACGCUACAUCUUCCAGAUCGACGAAGAGAUCUGGCACGGCUCGUGCAUCAAGUGGGAGCUGGUCCCGGGUCGUACCACUUCCCGUCCUCGGCUGACCUUCUUCCCCAAGUACGCCAGCAUGUUGGGAGGAGCCAUCAUCAACGUGACGGGACCCUGCUUCGAACCCAACGAGAAGAUCGAGUGUCAGUUUCAGGACAUGUCGGGCCACAAGUUGCCGGCCAUCUACAGGGACACCAACCACGCCAGCUGCCUCAUGCCUCCGGUCAUGUUCCAUGGCUACGUGGAUCUGACCGUGUCCCAGGGCAGCAAGGACGCCAUGUUCAGCGGGCGCUUCUACGUCCAGCCUCCAGAAUUAGCAGCAGAAGACAUCGAGAUUUUGGACGACAACGACAAGGCCGAAAGGCCCGAGAACAUUCGCAUCAAGUGGCACCCGCACAAGCUUAUCAAUAACAACAACACCAACGUCCAGCUCCACCUGUGGGGAUACAAUGACGACCUGGAGUACCCUCAGUUGACGUACAUCGACUCGCUGUCGGGAAGCAUGAGGAACGGCGACAUGCGGUACACCAUCAACGUUGAGCAGUUCCGGGAACGGUACAACUGGGACAAGCUUAACUACCAGUUCGGCUUCCUCAGCAUCAACCUCACCGACCCCAGCGUCAUCGCCAAGGAUUACAAGAAUUCUCCCACCAUCUGGAGCAGACCGAUGCCCCUGGCCUGGUACUUUUCCCACCAGUGGGAGCGGAGGUAUGGCAGCGGAUGGAAGGACAAGUUCUGCGACGACUGGUUCCAGCGGGAGAAGAACUCGGACCGCUUCGCGCUCACCCUGUGGCGGUGCCCGUGCACCAUGAAGCAGUCUGACUUUGACCGUGGCCGAUUCGCCCCGGACUCCAACUGCAACACGUACAGCAAGAAGUGCGAGCCGCUGCACAAGGGAGCCCAGCACUGCGUCCGAACAGGAAGGCCAUCUGUCGGUGGGUCUGGCCAGACUUGCUGCUAUGACAUGGAAGGAGAGCUCAUGCUAACCGCCGACACCAUGUAUGGAGGCCGACCGUCAAGAAUCUUCAGCUACGGUAUCCUGCCAUUCAACAGCAGGGUUAAAGUCCCAACUCUGUCCUGGUGGAACGUCGACGCUGUACCCUUCUUCUAUUGCUGCCACUGGCAAUAUGGCAAGGAUGACUCCGAAUCGUGCCAGAAGUACAAGUACUGGAGGACGUCUCAAGACUGUUCCGCCUAUCAGCCUCCUGGCUAUGCGGCCGUAUUUGGAGACCCGCACUUCCUGACGUUUGACGGCGCCAACUACACGUUCAGCGCAAGGGGCGAGUUUGUGCUCGUCCGCGUUGACGACCCCAAGGGGAAACUCGAGAUCCAGGGAAGGUUCGAGAGCCCCAAGAGAACGCAACUUGACGACACGAUCGUGAACGGCACGUAUCUGAGCGCGGUUGCCGUGAGGGACAACACGUCGUCGACCGUCGAGAUCCACCUGAGGCCCAGCGCUGCCCGCUGGAACUACCAGCUCUACCUGAUCGUGGACAGCGAGUUCAUCUACUUCUGGGACGAGACCAUGCGCAUACAGAACUUCAAAGGAGUGACCAUCUACCAGCCUACUGGUUACUACAACAUGUCCAAGAUCGUGGCCAUGUUUGAUUCUGGAGCGGGAGUCGAGGUCCUUGUAAACAACGAGCAGCUCACCCUCAACGUUUUCUUACCGAUCGAAUUCAUAAAUAUCACGAGGGGCUUACUGGGAUUCUGGGACAGGCGCGUGGAAAAUGAUUUGAUGCCACCUGUCGGAAACUCCUACACCCCUACCACGGCCUCUUUCGAGCAAAUCUACAAUCAGUUUGGAAACCUGUGGCGUCUAAACGAGUCGAGCGCCUUGUUCAACCACGAUGCCAUUGGCUACAAGUUUGGACACUACGACGACCAGUCCUUCAAACCUUACCUCGAAGACCCGCCGCGAAUACCACAGAACUUCACGUACAGACCGCAGGACGUCGCGGACACUUGCUCGUCAUCCAAAGCUUGCAUCUUCGACUUUAUCGUCACAGGGAAUAAGCACUACGCCGCGACCACCAAAGCCAACGAAGCAGCUGUCCAGUCAACACGCAAGGAAGUCAGCGAGGAAGUGAUUCGCUGCCCCGCACUGGACAAACCGGCCAACGGACGCAAGAGCGAAAUCCGGAACUUCGUGGGGCGCACCGUUCGCUUCUCGUGCAACGACGGCUACCGCCUGGUGGGGCACGAGGUCCGCCAGUGCAAGGAGUACGGACUCUGGUCCUGGGGUAUCGACGUCACUUGCAUCAGCAACGCGAGCUACGCGAGGAAGAUUGUGGGCAUCACGCUGGGCAUCCUGCUGCCCAUCAGCAUCAUCUUUUGCCUCGUCUUCUUCUGUUUCUUCAAGAGGAACCGGCACAAGAAGAGCCACUACACCGGCUCCAACGGAGAUUUCAGCAAGUUCAAGGAGAGGAAGGCCACGACGUACCAUGCCCCGGAGAAAGUGAGCGAGACCGCGGCAUAACGGCACUUUCGUCGGCAUUUCCCGAUCGCCCGUUCAAGAGCACUGGAGCCCCACCCUUCCACUAAGCGACACACUGUACAUAGAGUAGAUACAGCGCACGAUUUCCCUUAAAUGAAGGUAUGAAAACCUGCGCAGCAGAAGCUAGCUCGAUGCUAUUUGAGACAUCACUGCCCCAUUGACCAGACCUCAAAAGCAUAUUCCGUGAUGCACCUUCACCUUUUUUUUUGCUAUCUGCUACUAUUUCAUUGUUUCAUACAUAUCUCACCUUUAUGCCUAAUAAACAAAUGUCACUUUUACGUAAUCUUGAAAAUUAUAACCUACACUUUUGAUAAAUCGUUUUGUUUAGCUUCUUUGCAGUCUGUAAGCACAUUCACUUUUUUUUUUUACUUUGUUAGCAAGCUUUUGAGAACUGGCUUUGGCGUGCUACUACUAGGGUGCCUACAUGUUUCCGGUGCGGCGGACGCAUGUAGGCACCCUAGCUACUACCGUUUAAAAGAAAUGGCGAAAAGGUAUGUUUAACGACAAGUUAAGAUUACUCCUUAAAACACAAGAUUGUGGACAAUCAUGCUGCAGCUACUGUACAGUCAGAAUUUGGCAGGAGCAGCUUUCAUAAGGGGAUGAGUACAAACACAGUAAAGCAGUGACUGUCUCCUUUUGGGCUGCCCCAGCUAUUGUUGAAAGAUCGAGAAAUGAAGUUCCCCAAGUGCAGCAUUUUCAAACUUUUUUUGAGGAUGGCUUUAUGCCCACAAAAGUUAUUCAAACAGUAAUAGGCAUCGAAAGGAUUGCGUUAAGUUAUGCACCUGUUCUGCAUUCAUACUAUUCCUUUAUACUCUGCUUUUAACUUCCAAAGGGGCAUAUCAUCCUUUAUUUCUAAUGCUUUGCUCCGAUGCCAUUCGGGCUAAUUAUCCGACAAGAUGGUUCUUAAUCUGCCAUGAACCGUCUUUACACGAAACACCUCCGACGCGGGUGUUGUUUUUUUCUCCCUUCUGAAGUCAUAUUUCCAGUGUCAUUGUUUUAACAAUAAAAGUGCUAGAUGAAGAAAUGCCCAAACGCUCCAGUAAUAUAUAUGUUUAUCGUCACCAAUGCAUCGGUCCCCUCGUCGCAAUUGCGGGGGACCGUCACAACAGCAGGUGCCAAACCUUAUAGAGACGGCUAUGGCCAAGUGCUUUAAAAGACUGCCAGAGAAAAUGUACAUAUAAAAAAGAUACUUUUUAUUUGACAGCGGCGUCGCUUCGAGACGUCCAGUGUGUGUCCAACAUAAGAGACAUGUCAAGUGUUCUUGUGGUGUUCUUCUAAUAAAAAAAUCUGGUUCUAAAAAUUUU